ACUGUUAAUUAGAGAGACCGGAGCAGAUACUCUUUGCAAGAGAAGGUGAAAGUUUAGAGAUAGAGAGAGAAUUUUGACGCAGAGAAAGUUUAGGAGUCUGGACUGAUUUUCUAGAGAGAGAAGAUGAGUUCAUUUGAAAAAGUCAAAGUUUUCAUUUGCGGGAGGGGGAGGGGGAUAGAGAGAGAUAGAGAUUUCAAGUUUAUUAUUAAGGAAAAGUAAAAGAUUUGAGCUGAAUUUUUGGUCUGAUUGGUUUAUGGUUUGAAAUGAGUGCAGAGUUCGGGAAAAUCAUUGGUGUUGGAGAGUAUUGUAGGGCUUGACUUUCUUCCAAGAGGAUCAGGGAUUGGCACAGGCGGCCUUUGGUGUUGCAGCUUCACAAGACGGAUGAAGGAACGCAAGAGUAUGUCGACUUCCUUCACAUCCUGAGGAGGAAAUUCUCUGAUUUUGGUGCGUUCAAAAGUCAUGGUCUACUCUUGUCCAAAACCCAACUUUCAUUGCCAAACACCUCCGCCACCAUCAAACCAAAACAAAAAAUCCAAGUAUUUUGGUCGAGGGCCUCGACAAAAUUGAGGAUCUUCAAUACCUCCUGCAAUCUCAUCCUGAUGAAGGAGGAGGAGUCCGCGUUUUGGACUUCAAGGGGGACAGCAUGGGUCGCUUGCUCACAGUUUAUACCAAGAUGUUUGCUUGCAUCAACGGCAUUAUUUGCAUUGCUGGUAUAUUGAGAGGCCACUAUGGCUUUAUCUUAUGGAAUCCAGCUAUCAGAAAAGGUAAAAUUAUUCCCUAUACCCAAUCUCCUAAUUGUCCUCCUGAUGCUCUAUCAGGAUUAUAUUUUGCAUUUGGCUUUGAUCAAAAUUCUAAUGACUACAAGGUGGUUCGAGUUGUCGAACAUAAGAAGAAAUCUGCGGAAAAUUCAAUCACACGCUACUGCAAUGCUUUUUAUGUUUACUCCCUAAGGGCUGAGUGCUGGACCCAAAUAUUUGGCACCCCUAUUCAUCAUAACAACAUUAAGCUGCAUUCUUGUUGUAAUGAAAUAUACUUUAAUGGAGUUCAUCAUUGGAUUGGUUUCCUCAACAGCGAACCCGGGGAUAGUUAUGAUCAUCACAUAAUUCUGUCCUUUGACAUGAGCCAUGAGGUUUUUCAAAUUAUAAGGUUUCCAGAUAUGUUUUUUCCAAAUAAAACUCUUGCUGUAUUCAAUGAUUGCCUUGCUUGUAUUGUUUAUGGUAUCAAUGAAUACAUCGAUAUAUGGGUGAUGCGUGAAUAUGGGGUCGAGGAUUCUUGGACCAAACAACUUGUUGUAGGACACCUGUUAGGAAUUCAGAGGCCACUACAACUUCUUGGGAAUGAGGAGAUUCUUCUGGUUGAUGAAAAUCAGACAUUGGUCUUGUAUAACAUUGGUUCUCAAGAAAUUAAGAUUCUUCAACGCACGGGGUAUCCAAAAAUAUUCAUGCCAAGGCGAGCUAUCGUUUAUGUGGAGAGUCUUGUUUCAUUCACUGGUGGAAUUGUGUUUGAGAGUUAAUUUUCCUGAGCUCCUAGUUUUUUAUAUCAUUAAAUAAUUUUUCAGUAAGUUCUGUGUGGCUUAGAGAGGAUGACAUUGCAUCUCAUAUGGAUGGUGUUUUUGUUAAUUUAUUUAGAGUGAGUGCUAGUUAAGGGUUUGAGUAGGUUAUUCUGCAAUAACAUCUCAGCUAUUGUUAGCUUUGUUGUCUACUUGGUCCCGUGAAAUUUACAAAGACUUGGUCACUUGAGGGUUUGUAUCACUAGGCAAUGUGACAAAUUAAAAUUUCAUAUAUAUUGAUGGAAACCAUAUUUAUUGGAGGUA